CAGUACACACUAAAUCUCGCAGAGUAUCACCCGGAAAUCUCGUGACCUGGACGGAAGGUUUUAGUUAUAUUGGAGAGAUGAAAUGAAAAAAUGGAGACUAUGGAAAGGAAAACACUGCUGAUUCGGCAUCUUCCGCCUGAUCUGAGCCCGGAGGACCAUAGACUCCUACUGGAGAAGAGCGGAGCAGAAAGCGUUCGUAUAUGUUCCGGGAGAACACGUGGGAGUUUGAAACAUGUGGCUUAUGCAACAUACCCAAAUAAAUUUGCAGCUGCAAAGGCUCUUUCGGUGCUUCACCAGCUCACAGUAUUGGGUCACACUCUUGUGGUUGAAUAUGCCAAGGAAGACGACAUUCACUUACCAGACCAGCCUUCCUUUUCAACAAAGAAGAAAAGUGGAGAAAAAGCAGAUACAAGUAAAGACUCAAAACUCCCAGAUCAGGUCUCCAUUGAGAGAGGAAUAGCACCUAACCAUGGCCUUGUCUUCCCAAUACGAGCCAGUUUGAAAUACUUAUACCCCCCUCCAACAAGCAGCGUUUUGGCAAACAUUGCAAAUGCUAUGGCAAGCGUUCCUAAAUUCUAUGUGCAGGUGUUACACUUGAUGAAUAAAAUGAACCUACCGGCUCCCUUUGGACCACUUACUGCCCAACCUCCCCUUUAUUCAGACUAUUUGGCUGCUCCUUCACUGUAUCCCCCGGUUCCGCCUGACCUCCCUGAGAAUCCUCCACUACCAGAGCUAGAUGAUGACUAUGACAUGGAUGUUUCCAGCCGAGAAGAGUCUGAAUAUGAAAGUGGUGAUGAUGAAGAAAAAGAGAUGGUUGCUCGUCUGAAAGAACUGGCAGAUCUGUUGCCCAAGAGACCAAGGCUAAAAAAACGAUUGCGUCCGCGAAAGAAGAUGAAGAUAAAAGACCUUAUAACUGUGCCUGCCACACCACACAGCCACGCACAUGCACCUUUGCUUCCUUCUGAGGUUUUUGAGCAGCCAUCUAUGAUAGGCCUGAAAAAAAUGGAGCUUCAUAUUCCUGCAGACAUACCUGUAGCCACGAAUGCCAAGGCUCCAUGUUUAGAGACAGACAUAGCACCUGAUGAAAGUGAGGAACCUCCUGGAUUUGGGAAGAUAUACCCUUCUCACUCUCCUAAAGAUGAGGAGGAGGACCAAGAGGAGGAGGAUGAUUUGCCUAAGGACUUUAUAUCCAGGAGGGAGCUAGAGAAGGGAAGGGUUUCUAAAGAAGAAAUGCGAAAAAUGUCUGUAUUUAAGAGCCAUAAACCAGGAGAUCCAAAUUGCAGACUCUAUGUGAAAAACUUAUCGAAACAAGUUACUGAAAAGGACCUUAAAUUUAUAUUUGGAAGAUUUAUAGACUUUUCAUCUGAAACAGAAAAAAACAUGUUUGACAUUCGCUUGAUGAAGGAAGGGAGGAUGAAGGGGCAGGCCUUCAUAGGCUUUCCCAAUGAGGAUGUGGCAGCAAAGGCCUUAAAACAAGCACAUGGAUACCUACUUUUUGACAAACCUAUGGUUAUUCAAUUUGCACGAUCUGCGCGACCGAAGCCUAAUACUGAUAAAACACAGACCAAGAGAUAGAAGCCAAGAUGGCCGUGUAACUCCUGUUUGGCAUGAAAAGUGUAUCCUUUCAUGUUGUAUCCUUUAUGAAUUGACUUAAGCCCCAAUGAAGCAAUAAAAGAUUCAUAGGAAUAUUCAAGCUAUGGUGCUUUUACUUUUAUUUUGUCAAUUUUAUGUUUGUAGAGUUAAAUCUGUUACUUAAACAUGUGACAAGCAUUGUACUGCUGUAUUAUGGUCUCCGGAGCAUUCACAGAUGUAUAUUCAAGGGCAGAUAAUGGGAUUUUAACUUCUCUUCAAGAAACUAAGAAAUCACAAAAUUUCAAAUACACUGUUCCCUCCUUAUGCCACCAGCUCAGUAGACAGUCCAAAAUGAAUGUUCUAGAGAAGAGAACAUGUAUAUGAAUUACUGUGCUUUCCCUGAGUACUGCCAUCUAUCUCCACUUCUUGUGCAUAUGACCAUAUAAAGAUGGUUAUUCCCAUAACAAGCAUGCAUUAUUAUAUAUAUAUAUAU